UGGUGAAUGACAUGAUCUAGUUGAAGAUCAUCUAGAUUAAUUAUGUGAUCUUGUAAUUAAUAAUAGGAUUAUAUAUUAAUUAUUAGGGACUCGUUACUGUUUUAUUUAAUUUGUUGUAAACCUUCAAAAGUUGAAAGUUUCAUAUGACGAGCUUUCAGAGAAAUUUCUAUGCUUUUGAAUAACUAAAUAAAAUUAGACUAUAAGUUUCAGUAGAAACAUUUAAUUCUUUAUCCAAGAAGUUUACGGCCACGAAACAUUUUUUUUUUAUUAAUUCAAAGAUAAUAUAGUUUUUUAAAACUGACUUUUGGGCAUGAGUAACUGCAACUCUAUAUAAAUGUUCAUACGUGUAAAUAUAGAUACAAAUCUAAAUAAGUUGUAAGAAAUUAAAAGAAGUCAUUAUGGCAAAAUCAAGCUUUGUUAUUUCUGUUAUGGUUGUAUUAAUUCUACUUGUAAUUCCAACAAAAUGUUACUAUCCUGAGCCAUUAGAAGAUGGAAGUGGCAGCUUGUUUAUUUUCGGAGAUUCUUUAUAUGAUGCUGGAAUUAAUAACUAUAUCAAUACUAUAGUUCGGGCCAAUUAUUAUCCAUAUGGUGAAACCUUCUUUAAGUACCCAUCUGGUAGAUUUUGUGAUGGCCGAAUUAUUCCUGAUUUUAUUGCUGAGUAUGCUAAGCUACCUCUCAUUCAACCCUAUUUGUACCCUGGAAAUCACGACUUUAAAUAUGGGGUGAAUUUUGCAUCAGCAGGAUCUGGUGCUCUGCCUGAAACUAGACAAGGAAUUGUGAUCGAUCUCAAAACUCAACUUGGUUAUUUCAAGAACGUUAGCAAUCAGCUUAAGCAGCAAAUGGGGUAUGCAAAUUCCAAGACUCUGCUUUCAAAAGCAGUUUACAUGUUCAGUGUUGGGAGCAAUGAUUACUUAUUCCCUUUCGAUACUAACACCACAGUCCUUAAUUCCCACACUACCGAACAGUAUGUGGGAAUGGUCAUAGGCAACAUAACUGAAGUUAUUCAGGAAAUUUACAACAUUGGAGGAAGGAAAUUUGGAUUUCUAAACUUGGGUCUUUUAGGGUGUACACCAAACGGUAGAGUGCUUGAAGGGGGACAUAGUGGGGGCUGCUUUGAAAAACCCACACCCUUUGUAAAAUUGCACAACCUACAACUCUCGACGUUACUAAAAGGAUUACACACAAAGCUUAAAGGAUUCGAAUACUCACUUGUUGACUUUUACUCAUUUUGGGAGGAAAGGAUAAAACACCCCUCAAAAUAUGGGUUUAAAGAAGCGAAGGAGGCAUGUUGUGGAAGUGGCCCAUACAGAGGACAUUUCAGCUGUGGAGGCCGGAGAGGAGAGAAAGAGUAUGAGGUAUGUGAAAAUGUCAAAGAUUAUGUCUUCUUUGACUCUGAUCAUCCCACGGAAAAGGCAAACGAGCAAUUUGCCAAAGAAGCUUGGAGUGGAAAGCCUGGUUUCUCAGGGGCUCACAAUCUCAAAGCAUUAUUUGAAUCCAUGUAAUAAAAUGCUUUGGAGAGACCUUCAAUUACUUGUAAUGUGUGUCUUUAUAGUCUUUUUUUUUUUUGUCUUACCUAUAUCUAUAAAUACAAUCAUGUUAUUUAUUUCUUUUAUAUAUAAAAAAGCUUCAUUAAAACCUCUUAGUAAACCGAACAGGAAAAAUCUUGUGUUGUAAGUUGUUUUGCAGUUAAAGGUUAAAAUAUUAGUGGGCUAGACCAGCACAUUUGGAGUUAAACUAAUUGUCCUAGCUUAUUGACAAAGUUUAUAAAACGUUUAAAAAGAGAUUCCAAAACCAUUACCUACCAAUAUUAUGCAACAAACCACGAAAUAGUUACCAAGUGAUAAUCUCACGAUAGAAUUUUAUUAAUUGAAUAAAUACUAAUUUAGUGUUACUAAAUUUAUCUUAAAAAAAUUAUGCAACAAAAAUCCAUAAUCCUUUAAAAGAUAAUGUUAGAGAGCCACCAAAAAUUCAAGCCAAAGAAAAAAAAGCACCCAAAAAUUCAAAAUUACCGAUCUAAAAAUUAGAGCAAAAAAAAAAUCACUUAUGAUUAAAAAUAGUGAGCCAAAAAAAAGAA